CGUUGACUCUAUGUUCAAAUUAAGCCAAAUCGGUUAGCACUUGCAUAUUUCCCUCGAAGUAAAUUAUUCUGCAUAACGUCAUAAAAUUGUAACUAAUACGCAGGAAUGUAAACGAGUACCGUUAAAAUAAACUUUUGCGCGUGUGAAGUGUGCUUAACGGAUUUAAGAAAUCGAUUGUGUUGUAUGCUGUCUAAUUUAUUUAUGUAUUUUAUGUGUAUUUAAAACAAAAAAAAAAUAAAUUAAAAUUAACAUGUCCAUCGCUACAAAAACCGGCACCGAGAUAACAGAGAGUAUGAUGGUAUCCACAACGGUUGCCUCUUUGCCGGCAGGGCGAACUUUCAUUUUCGGCACAGCUGAUUAUACUGUCUUCAUUUUAAUGUUGGUCGCCUCCGCUGGUGUUGGUGUAUACUUUGGAUUUUUUUCCAAAUCUAAAAACACCACAGACGAAUUUCUAAUGGGUGGCAAACGCAUGAAAACCAUACCGAUUGCCAUAUCCUUAGUAGCAAGUCAACUAUCUGCCUUAUCUAUAACUGCAGUUCCAGCCGAGAGUUAUGCAUUUGGAUUCAAUCAAAUCUUUAUUGUGGCUUCCAUGAUUUUGGUGGCUCCUUUACUAUGCUACAUUAUUAUACCAGUUUUCUAUGAAAACAAUAUCUCCAAUUGUUAUGAGUAUUUAGAAAAACGUUUCAACAAACGCACCCGUCAGCUGGUAACAAUUACAUUCAUUUUAAACGCCUUUCUAAUUUUACCUGUUGUAAUUUUCAUUCCCGCAUUGGCUUUUUCGCAAGUAACUGGCCUCAAUAUACACAUGGUCAAUGCAAUUGUUUGCUCAAUAUGCGCUUUCUACACAAUGUUGGGUGGCAUCAAAGCUGUUGUGUGGACAGAUGUUCUACAAGGCGGAGUAAUGCUUUCAUCUGUGAUAUUAGUAGGCAUUUUGGGCACCAUGAAGACUGGAGGCUUAAGUAAAGUGUUUGAGCAUGCCUCAGAAGGUGGCCGUUUGGCUAUAAAUUUUUCUCUUGAUCCACGCAUGCGAAUCACUUUCUGGAAUGCACUCAUUUGUGGCACGAUGAUGUGGACGGGCCAUGUUGGUCUAAAUCAGAGUUGCGUUCAACGAAUCGUUUCGUUGCCAUCCUUGAAACACGCUCAAAGAGCUCUUUGGCUAAGUAGUAUUGGUUUUAUCAUCGUGAUGGCUCUGAAUUGUUUUAUUGGCAUUGUGAUGUACGCUUACUAUUAUAACUGUGAUCCAAUUAAAGCAGGCCUGGUCAACAAGCCUGACAAAAUGGUACCAUUCUUUGUGCAAGACAUAAUGGGUCAUCUAAUGGGUAUGCCUGGACUAUUCAUAUCAUGUGUUUUCAGUGCUGCGCUUAGUUCCAUGUCUGCCAUGUUGAACUCCUUGGCGGGUGUAAUGUAUUUCGAUUAUAUACGACCGCGAAUUAAGAAAUAUCACACAGAUGAGCGCGCUAAUUUCAUAAUGAAGAUGAUCAUUAUAAUGAUGGGUUGCUAUUGUGUGGCUGGUGGCUUAAUAGUGGAACGAUUUGAUUCAAUAUUACAACUAGUGAUAACAAUUACCGGUAUUAAUACUGGUUCGAUAGUGGGUGUCUUCCUACUUGGCAUGCUUGUGCCGCGCACAAAUGGUAAGGUCGCUGUUGCUUCGAUUAUUUUUAGUAUAUCAGCGAUGUUUUGGCUCAUUACUAACGGUCAAAUUAAGGCAAGAGAAGGCGCUAUCCGUUACAUACCGCUACCAACAAGUACUGAUGGCUGUGCAGACCACAAUUUGGAUGUGUUGGCGGAAUCAAUCUCAAAUGUGACGCAAAAUAUUGGUUUGCAGAUGCUGCCUCAGCAUAUCGAAGAACCGAAAGUGACCACCGCUUUCGGUAGUAAUCGUGAAUUUUCCAUUUUCGAAAUAUCCUUCUAUUGGUACAAAGUUGUUGGAGUCCUACUCGUAUGGCUAUUGGCUAUUCCACUAAGUUACAUUUGGCGUAGAGCUGAAGAGGAUAAACUCGAUCCACAUCUUUUCUCACCAAUAAUCCGAAGCUACUUAAAAGGGCGUACACCUGUUGAAAUGGAGGAGCUACCACUGAAAACACCCUUUCCGAAGGAGGCGCAAGAGUACAAUUGCGGAACAACAAUUUCAGUGCCGGAAAAAAUUGCUAACGACAAUUAAACAAUCAUGCGAAUUGUUAGUAACGAGUCUAGAUAAAACUAUGUUAAUUGUGUUAAGAUAAAAACAAAAACUUUUUAUAAUAUUUUUAAAUAUA